CAUAACCGCUCGUCAGUCGUCAGUUCAGAGCACCCAGAGCUAGCACCCAAUUAAAUAGUGUUGACGCGUGGCAGAUCUAAAACGCAAACGAGUCGAAUCCAAGUGUUUUUGCUUUUCGGUUUUUUUCGGUUUUUCAAUUUUGGUGCGUUUUCAGUGCCUGCUUCACUGGUCCGUUCUCCUGUUAAGGACAGCUUCAAAUCAUUACCGAUUUUAAAGUGCAAUUGAUCGCAAUACGGUGUUUGUGAGUCAGUAAUUGUGAUCAGUGAUGUGAGAACUUUGAAUCAACCCGGCAAUUGUGUGGAACGAUUUGAUUUUUGACGAUUAAACAACGAACUGAAACUUUUUUCGAUACGAAAUUGCUGUAGUUGGAAGGCUGAGCCAUGAAUUUCUACUUGUUGACCUUGAUGCUGUUAGGUGUAUGUGUUUGCGGCUGUUGUGGAGAUGAUACUUCUGCACAACCGAUGCCAGAAGCUGGUGAUGUAGUUCGAACGUACCUGGGCGUGAGUGUGUACAAAACGGAAAGGGCUUGCGCUAGGCUGGGUGGUUUGUGCGUGCACAAAACCGAUUGCCAGUCGCCCUCCACCAUGAGUGGACUCUGUCCGGGGAGUGCCCAUCGAGGUGUCGAGUGCUGUUAUGAAGUGAUUGCAGCGAAAGGCGAUGUUAGUUGUACCGAGUAUCUUGGAGAGUGCAUGCCGCAUUGCAAUCCGAUGUUGCAGAGGCCGGCAAACGACUGCAGGGAAAAUGAACAUUGUUGUGUCUUGGUUUGAAGCUGAAAACUAUACCGAAUUUCCGGUUCUCUUCCGCACACAUAUUUGGUAACAUAUUGUUUUUUAUCGUAGGUUUUUUAUUUCUUUUUUUUUGCAAACUACUUUGAUUAGUAAUAGUUGCAAUCACGUAUUUAAUGUAGAUCUACUUUAUAUGAAACAUCUCCGUAUAAUAUCACCUGUAAGUACAAUAAUUUGUUGCAUAAACAAUUGAACUUC